AUAACGGCAAAGGGAGGAUGCCGCGGUCUUUCCUCGUGAAGAGCAAGAAAGCACACAGCUACCACCAGCCGCGCUCCCAGGACCAGGACUACGAGCUCCGCCUGGAGAAUGUGCUGGCGCAGAUCUGUGCAGACAGCAAGAUGCCAGGAGACUCCAGCCCGGGGCCUUCUGAGCCCGAGCCCCAAGGACCAAUCUCUCCAGAGUCCCAACUGACCGAGGCCCCAGACGCAGUCUCAGCGUCUCCGGCCAGCUGUGAGGGCAGUGUUUGCGAUAGGAGCUCGGAGUUCGAGGAUUUCUGGAGGCCUCCAUCACCUUCCGCAUCUCCAGCUUCCGAGAAGUCCGUGUGUCCUUCCCUGGACGAGGCUCAGCCUUUUCCGGUGCCCUUCAAGCCCUACACGUGGAACAGCCUGGCAGGCUCGGACCUGAGGCAUCUGGUGCAGAGCUACCGGCCUUGCCAUACCCUGGAGCGAGGCGCCGGGCUGGGCCUCUUCGGCGAACGGAACCCGGAGCCCGGCGCUGCGGCCGCCCUCUACGGCCCGGAACGGGGCUGUGGCGGGGGGGCCUCCGAGGGCGGCAGCGGCGGCGGCGGGGGCAGCAGCGGCUCCGCCCUGGGCCUCUAUAGGGACUUUGGUCCGGGUGCGGUGGCGGCGGCAGCCCGCUUGUACGAGCGACCGGCGGCGGGCGGGCUCUACCCGGACAAGGGCUCCGGCAUCAAGGUGGAGUCGGAGCUGCUCUGCACUCGCCUCUUGCUCAACAACGGCUCCUAUAAGUGCAUCAAGUGCAGCAAGGUGUUCUCCACACCCCACGGCCUCGAGGUGCACGUGCGCAGGUCCCACAGCGGCACGAGACCUUUUGCCUGCGAGAUGUGCGGGAAGACCUUCGGACAUGCGGUCAGCCUGGAGCAGCAUAAAGCUGUGCAUUCGCAGGAACGAAGUUUUGAUUGUAAGAUCUGUGGUAAAAGCUUCAAGAGAUCCUCCACACUUUCUACUCAUCUACUCAUCCACUCAGACACCCGGCCCUACCCUUGUCAGUAUUGUGGGAAAAGGUUCCACCAGAAAUCGGAUAUGAAGAAACACACCUUCAUCCACACAGGUGAGAAACCCCACAAAUGCCAGGUGUGUGGCAAAGCAUUUAGCCAGAGCUCUAAUCUCAUAACUCACAGCCGAAAGCACACUGGCUUCAAGCCCUUUGGUUGUGACUUGUGUGGGAAAGGCUUCCAGCGAAAGGUGGAUCUCCGGAGGCACAGGGAGACGCAGCAUGGGCUGAAGUGAGUCCUAGCCGGGAUGCCGCAGCAUCAGUCAACACUAUCGGGAACAGACCUCCUUUUUCUGUCUCGUCCUUCCCCACAUCCCAUCUCUACCCCUCAACCUCUACUUCUAAAUCUAAUGACUUCUUACUUCUCUCAAGUACCCAGAAGGGACAGCAGCAGCAUUUAAAAGCUCUUCCAAUCUAAAGUGGAGUCUAAAGGACUUGACGGACCCUGGAAACACUGGACAAGCUGGUAUUCUUGAAACCUCAGACCCAAGCAGGGAUCAGACAACUCCAGUCACCCCAUAUCUCUGCUCACCCCACAUACAACCAAGCCAAGAAGGGUCCUCCGGCUAGAACGGGAGUUCUCCCCUCCACCUUUCCCCUGACCAUUUGACAUUCUUGAGUCAAAGAAGGAAGGAUGUACAACUUACAAAUGAGAACUAUUUGAAUGGUUUUGAAGGAAAGGUGAAUGAGAGGGCUUUGUUGCUUCCCUUUCUUUUGCGGAGUUUUUCAAAAGCCCCAUGUCCUUUCAAGAAGCACACAAGCUGACCCUCUGGGCACUUGCAGACUGGAAGAGAUUGCUACUAUAAGCUACUUACAAAACCACAUGCUUUACCAAGACAACUGUGCCAGGCUAGAGAGGAGAAUAAAGAAGGCAUGGCAUUUGUCUGAAAGAAGUGUGGGUUUCUCUUCGGGAAAACAGUGGACCGAAGAAAGCUAAAGAACAGGGUGGUGUACUACUAGAAAGUCAUCAGUUGAACAAAUUUCUACUAAGUCCAUGCUGUAUUUGAGAUGUUGAACUAAGGCAUGGUGGGGGGAUACCAAGAUGAGCAGUAAAGUCCCAGGGUUCUCUGCUCUUGUGAUGAGAGGGCCGGGAAUUGGCCGUGAUCUUUGCCUUGCUCUUGGAGAGGCAGUGAUCAAAGAAAGACUGGCAAUUCGAAAGAGACUGGGAAGUAGCCAAAAGGCUACUUCGAGGACACGUUUGUACUGGGUUUUUUGUUCGGUUGGUUUAAAAAAAAAAUUAUUUGUUAAAACCUGUGGACCUGCAGACGUGUGGAUUCUGUGUUAAACACACUUGCAUGUACCUUAGAGGAGAAUGGGGUGUUAAUUUUGGUAAGGUUUGUCAGUGUCUGUAGAUGUUAUGCAGUGGCUUAUGUUUAUUGAGACAUAUUUAUUAGAGUAACAUUUUAAGUUAAUAAAGUAUGGAGAACAUACGCAUGGAUUUUUAUUAAGUCAGUGGAGGGAGAAGAUAAGAUAUGGAAGAAAUUCAGCUUUGUCUGAGGGAAAGAAAGCAGUGGAAUCUGGAAGAAGCCAUUAUCAGAAUAUAAUGGUGGUGAAGCUCAAGGCACCAUCUAGAAAAGAUUGCCCAAUGGCUGACAUUUUGAUGGUAUUUGGAAAUCUACAAAAAUACUUUCUGCAUAUUUUCUAAUUUAAUCCUCACAGCCUUGUGAGAUUCCCUUCCCUAUCCCUCCCCAGGCUUAGAAAGGUGGAACAAUUUGCUUCUAGACACAAUUAAAAAAAAUUUUUUUUGUGGGGCAGUGAGGGUUAAGUGACUUGCCCAGGGUCACACAGCUAGUAAGUGUCGAGCGUCUGAGGCUGGAUUUGAACUCGGGUCCUCCUGAAUCCAGGACUGGUG